AUGGCUAAGUCAUCGUCUAAAGUAGAAGAUUAUUGGCGACAACAUAAUAUCGAAAAUUUAUUUAAAGAAUUAACACAAAUUCUUACUCGACGUAUGCCACCUGAUCCAGCUGUAGCAUUAGUUGAACAUCUUCAAAAAAAAUUUCCUAAAUCAUUUAAAACAUCAACAGAUAAUAUUGGUAUUGUUCCAAAAACUUUGGCUAAUAAUUUACAAUUACAAUCAAUGACUUCACCACAUUCUGAUGUGCAUAAUGAGAGUAUAAAAGAUAUACAAACUGAACGUCGUUCAUCUACUCAAAGUCAAGCUAGUGGAAUUGUUACAAUACCAACAGUUGGUUCAGCUUUUACUGAUUUACUUAAACAAGAUACUAGUAGUUCAAGACAAGCACCCGAAUUAAAUUUAAAAAAUCUUGUCUUUGCUAAUCGUUUAAGUCAACAAGUUGUUAAAAUGGGAAAAGAUAUUCGUUCAGAUCGUGAUAUACUCGAAGAAGAAUUAAUUAAACCAAUAAAAACAAAAUCAACAGCAAAUGUAUCAAUUAAUACAGUUUCCGAAGAUCUUCAAAAUGCAGAAACACAUGAUGAACCAUCUAUAUUACAAUUAAUUAAAUAUAAACAACAAAUUCGUAUUGAAAAUGAUCGUCGUUUACAUCGAGAAAAACUUGCAGAAUUAGCAAAAUCUGAACGUGAAAAAGAACAAUUUUCUUUAGAGAUUUCUUCUAAACCAGAAGAAAUUUCACAACAACAAACAUUAUCACAAGUUGUACCAACAGAAACAACUAGUACUAAAUUACCAUAUAAACCAAUUGCUAAAUCAAAAGAAGAAGAGGACAUUUUAAAUGAUGAAAAUAUAUUUCAAUCGAGAAAACCACGUUAUCGUGGAAGACAAAAAAAUAAAUUAAUGCCAUCACUUACAAAUACGUCUUAUUUACGUGGACGACCAACAACAGAUUUUCGAUCAUCAUUAAGAAAAGAUGAUGGAAGUUUAAUAUGUAAAGUAUGUGGAAAUGUAUUAAAUGAACAAGAGAAUCAAUCAAUGGUUCAUUCUCAACAAGUUUCUUCUAUACCAAUAACCUAUUCAUUAGAACCUCAACUAUCUGCUCGAUCUGUGGAAAAAACAGAUGAUGCUGUUGAUGAUUGGUUUGAAUCAGCAUCAGAUGUAUCCAGUUCGCGACAAUUAACUCCUUUGAUACCAAAUGAUACAAUAUCAACACGACUUGGUUCAAGUACAUUUCGACGAAAUCUUUUUCAACCAAUUAAAGAUAAUAAUAGUGAUACUAUUGAACAUCAAUCACCUGUACGACCUAUAAUUUUAAGUGAUGAUGAAACAAAUGCUAAACGAUUUAAAGCACCCAACUUUUUUGAAACUGGUAUUUUCUCACGAUCACCUGAUUCGAAAGUUCGUUCUCCACCAUUAUCAAAAAAUAUAUCAUCACCAGUAACAAUAAAACAUCAUACAGAUACUGAUGCUGUUACUAAUCGUCAAUCAGCAAAGACUCUAAUACAACCAUCAUCUGCAAGAUCAACUCCAUCAUCAACUUUAUUGACAAAUAUGGCUUCAACUAAUAAUCGAAGAAUGUCAGGUUGGAGCGUAUCUGAACAUUCACCUGAUGAUUCCGAUUAA